CGGAGCCAGAGCUGCUGCAGUAAACCCGUUUCCAGAAGCUACUGUCCACUUUUCUCACCAGCACCAAAUUUGGAUGAAUUUGGUGCAGGACAAAGAGAGAAAAAACUGAAACUUUGCCUGAAUGGUGAAGGCCUCAUUUGAACCUCGCUCUUCCAGUCGUGAGCCUCGUUAGCGUCUCAUCUAGCAAGAAAGCUACCACUCUCUGAGCCUUUAUUUGAUCUCCAGCUUAAGCUUAUUUGAGGAGUUAUUAAAGUCUUUAGGAAGCAUAAAACUAAGCUUUUGUCGGAUACGUCAGUGCGGACUUGCAGCUUAAAGCAUGGCCAAGAAAAACAGCCAAAAGGAUACCUCUUCAGUGGUUUUUGACACUCACUCAAAAAUGGUAAUGUCCCAGGGAGGAACAGCAGAGAGGAUGAAAGAGAAGAUCAGCGCCGUCAGAGCCGUCGUCCCCAACAAAAGCAACAACGAGAUUGUGCUGGUGUUACAGCAUUUCGAGAACUGUGUUGACAAGGCAGUGCAGGCUUUCCUAGAAGGCAGCGCAGUUGAGAUCCUGAAAGAGUGGAAUGUCACCGGCAAAAAGAAGCCCAAGAAGAAAAAGAAGCCCAAGCCCCAACCAGAGGCCUCCGCCGAGCCUGCUCCCCCUGAGGCCGUGUCGCCAGAGGAGGGCAAGGACGAGACCAAUGGCUUUCACGCCAACGGAUCCGUAAUGGAUGGAGAGUCGCUCGAUUCUCUGAGCGAACAGUUGGACUCUGCUUCCCUGGAUGCGUCCGAGCUGGACUCUGAACCUGCAACAUCUGAAACCACCGGUGCAGAAGCAGAAAGUCAAGUUAGUGCUCCGAGUCCAGCUCCUCAGCAGGGAGGGAGGAAUCACCAGGCUCCCAGAGGCAACAAGCAACGGCACAGGCCAAGCUCGAAUUCACAUCAUCCCUCAUCCACCACCGAUGAAAGCAAUCAAGGGUCAUCAGGGGUCAAAAAGAUGGCUCCCAACAUCGACCGCUCCGUGAAGGACCUGCAAAGAUGCACCGCCUCGCUCACUCGUUACAGGAUGGUAGUCAAAGAGGAGAUGGACUCAUCAAUCAAAAGGAUGAAGCAGACGUUUGCUGAGCUACAGAGCUGUUUAAUGGACAGAGAAGUGACUCUACUGGGAGAAAUGGACAAAGUGAAAGCAGAAGCCAUGGUGGUUUUGGACGCCCGACAGAAGAGAGCGGAGGAGCUCAGACGGCUGACGGACCAGUCAGGAUCCAUGUCUGAGGAGCAGCUGUCUGAACUGCGCGCAGACAUCAAGCACUUUGUGAGCGAACGUAAAUAUGAUGAAGACCUUGGGAAAGCCGUAAGAUUUACAUUCGAUCUGGAACCUCUGAAGACGAGCAUCUCAGGGUUUGGAUCAGUUUACCACCCUCGUACAGGCUACUCAAAUCGCUCCCGUUGUAGCUCCACGUCGUCUUCUGUUGCCAGCCCGAGCCUGAUGGAAACCCCUCCUCCCACCCAGACCCAAAGCAUCCCCAGCGAACACCGCCCGCCACCAACCAAACAGAUUUUCCAAGGCAACCGGCGUACUUUCCAGGGACAGGGUUAUCACUCAGGCGGUCAGCGGUAUAACGGCGGCUCCUACCAUGACAGGAACGCCGGUCGCGCUAACCACCGUUACCAGGGCGGCGGCGGCGGCGGCGGCGGCUCCUCUGGUCCUAACUCACAGCACUCCAACAGCUCGAGAGACCCCUCCCAUUCCUCAUCAUCCCACAACCAAGACCGGCCCUCUCACAACGGGCUUCCCCAAAGGCCUCCGCGGACGCACUGCCCUUGACAUUGGAAUUCCUUCGCUUAAUCAAAAAAAAAAACCCCAUCUACUAACUCACAGCACUCCCCUCUCCCCUACCUCCCUUCAUCCCUCCUCUCUGCCCCCCCACCCUCCCCUCCCCCUCACCUUUCACUCUCUCUCCCACCAUACUAACUCCUCUCAAUGGUAGAGUAAAAUACAAGUUUACAUAUUUCCGUCAGUUGAGCUGUGGCACCACCUCUCUACAUCGACCCCCGUUCAUCCUUCAAACUUGAAAAACUCUCGUUCUUCUGUAAUCACUCUCUUCCUUUCGCAUUUCCUCCCAUCUUGGUUAAGGCAACAGCUUCUAUCUUUAGGCCACACAAUCCCCCCUCCCA